CUGGACAAAAGGUUUUCUCUUGAUUUGCCCCACCCAGGCUUAGUAGAUAUGGCCUCCCACGUCAACACCGAUAGUAUCUUGAUAGAGCUUGAGAAAAGCUCCACCCAAGUCUCCUGGUGUGAGGAAUACAAAAGAAUGAUAAGUGGAAUGAGCUUCACGAUUUCGAGAUCACCAGAGCUGCAAGCUCGCAAACUCGAGACUCUCAAGUUGCUGAACGACUUCAAUGAUCUUACGAUCCCAGAUGGCAGCACACUUACAUCCUUGAAGACGCGACGUAUGACUGUGGCGAAAACUUUGCUGGGAAAAAUAGGGGAGACUGUGAAUAUCGAGCCCCCGUUCUUUGUUGGGUGGGGAUGCAAUGUAAUCCUUGGCGAUGAUGUUUAUGUUAAUCGGGAAGUUUCCUUCUUUGACAAUGCGUUGAUCCAAAUUGGCGACCGGGUUCUCAUUGGACCAGGGGUGUGUAUUUGCACAGGAACUCAUCAUCCUGAUCCAAAGGUUCGCGGAGAAAACAGCGGAACAUCCUUUGCUCGUCCGAUUCUCAUCGAAGAGGACUGUUGGAUCGGUGCACGGGCGACCAUUUUGGAUGGUGUGCGUAUUGGAAGAGGUACGAUUACUGCAGCGGGAGCCGUGGUAACCAGUGAUAUCGAGUCUGGCUGCCUGGCUGGUGUUGUGUCUGCCAGGGUUAUUCGCCGGUUUGAAGAGCCCAAAGAUAUGUAGUAGGCAGUGUCAGAGUGAUCAUGUUAAAAAGACUUACUGAGCCAAGAGUUGCGCUGUGCGCAUUCCUGUUGGCCACGCACAUCAAUAUAACUAGGUAGAAAUUGUCU